AUGGGCGUGAAGUUCAUUUGGGGAGAAGUCAAGGAGCUCAAUGGAGCCAGGAAGACUGCCAGUAUCAAGACCAUGUUCUCCAACAACAUCGAUGAGGUUGGCUUCGACUAUUGCAUCAUUUGCUCCGGCUGCAACUUCGGCCCCUUCAAGCCCAUGGGCGAGUCCUUGUGGUUCCCCACGGUCCACGAGGAGGCCCGAGGCCAUUCCGAUUGGAAGCACAUCGAUGAGCGCUACCUGGAGGGGCGUCGUCGUCAUGUUUUGGAGGAGUACCAGAAGCUCACGGACCUCAACAAGAAGCAGGCCACGGUCUUGAUUGUGGGUGCGGGCUUCAUCGGAGUGGAGUGGGCCACAGAACUGGAGCACUUCUUUCCGAACUUGAAGAUCACCAUCAUCGAUUUCCUUCCUCGAUGCUUGGGGCCUCUGCCGGAUGGUGCUGCUGACUACUGCUCAGAUUAUAUGGCAGCUUGCGGCAUCAAGGAGUUCUACAAUUGCAAGUAUGACCCCAAGAACCCGGAGUUCUGGAAGCAAAUCGAGCUCCCCAAUGGUGCGGACGAGAUCUACGUGUGCAUCGGAGUGAAGGCCUCGAACUAUUUCAUGCCAGCUGAGACGCUCUCGGACAAGGGCCCCGGAGGAGGUGGUUGGAUUCAUUUCAACAAACAUCUCCAAGUGACCCAGACACCUGGCGAAAUUGGCUGGAAGCCGUCCCUGGGCGGGGGUGUUUGGGCUGAUGGCACGAUCUAUGCGGUGGGUGACUGCAAUUAUGGCUGCAUCGGUGAGCCGGGCAAGUGGGAGAUGCCUCCAGUGCCCAAGAUCUCAUACCCAGGAGAGGAGCAGGCCUACCAUGCUUGCUUGAACGUUAUGAAGAUGGAGAACGGCCAAAAGAACAAGUUGCUUGGCCCGGAGGAUGGUGAACGGUUGGUGGUCACCUGGUGGCCAUGGGGUGCCGGCAUGUUCGCCACGAGCCUGGGACCUCACGAUGCUUGCUUCGUGGCCGCGGCCAAUGAGAACAAGAACUCGGGCUACAUGGUGAACUGGUGGAUCCCCGCGGCGUUGCAGAAGGAGAUUACCGGUGAUCGACCGGAGAUCAUUGAAACCACCAAGAUCGACGAGUGCCGCGACCGUUGGAUUGGUAUCCUCAUUUGGCACUUUGUGCAUCACACCCCCGUGCACCUGUUUGGCCGUGGCCCGUGGUUUGUUUAG